AUGUCUGAAAGCUAUGAUAUUGACAUAAACACUGGCGUUGACGAUGAUGACGCUAUGAUGGUUGAUGAAGAUACUAGGCCGGCAGCCGCAAUCAAACGCAAGGGUCGAGGGUUUAGAAGUGAAUCGAAAGAAUCCAGGGAUGGUGUUAGGUCAGGUGACAAGUAUGAUCAAUUCGAAUCCACUGUUGAAGAAGACGUCUCCACCGGACGCGCCCAGAGAU